GCCCAAUGAAGGUGUCAGCCUGUAAGAUCAAUCUCAGCCCCUUCUCUGGAAUUCCUCAUGGGCAGCAAGGUGGCGAAAUGCUUUGGCCGGGGAAUAUUGCAAGCUGGGAUGACAGCAGCUCAGUCAGCAGCGGCAUCAGUGACACCAUAGACAACCUCAGUACGGAUGACAUUAACACGAGCUCCUCCAUCAGCUCCUACGCCAACACGCCUGCCUCCUCCCGCAAAAACCUGGAUGCGCAGACUGAUGCAGAAAAACAUUCCCAGGUUGAGCGGAAUUCCUUAUGGUCUGGCGAUGAAGUCAAGAAAUCAGAUGGAGGAUCAGAUAGCGGCAUAAAAAUGGAGCCGGGAUCUAAAUGGAGACGGAAUCCCUCUGAUGUGUCUGAUGAAUCCGAUAAAAGCACUUCUGGUAGGAAGAACACUGUUAUUUCGCAGACGGGUUCCUGGCGACGGGGCAUGUCAGCUCAGGUUGGCAUUACCACACCAAGGACUAAACCUUCAACCACCUCAGGCACCUUAAAGACACCUGGAACAGGGAAAACUGAUGACGCCAAGGUAUCAGAAAAGGGUAGACUGUCUCCUAAAGCUGGACAUGUUAAACGUUCCCCAUCAGAUGCAGGACGCAGCAGUGGUGAUGAAUCCAAAAAGCUUCCCACAAGUAACUCUAGAACAGCUGCUGCUAAUGCUAAUACAUUUGGAUUUAAGAAACAGAGCGGGUCAGCUAUAGGCAUGACUAUAAUCACUGCCAGUGGGGCAACUAUCACCAGUAGAUCAGCUACCCUGGGAAAAAUCCCAAAGUCAUCUGGACUCGUGGGUAGGACCGCUGGUCGGAAGACUAGUGUCGAUGGCUCUCAGAACCAGGACGAUGGCUACUUAGCGCUUAGCGCCCGCACUAACCUUCAGUACCGUAGCUUGCCCCGGCCCAGUAAAUCCGGUAGCAGAAGUGGAGCUGGGAAUAGAUCUAGCACAAGUAGCAUAGACUCCAACAUAAGCAGCAAGUCAGCCGGGUUGCCUGUCCCUAAAAUGAGAGAGCCAGCCAAGGUAAUGCUUGGAAACUCUCUGCCAGGAUUAGUCAAUCAGACUGAUAAAGAGAAAGGGAUUUCGUCCGACAACGAAAGCGUGGCCUCAUGUAAUUCUGUUAAAGUGAACCCUGCGUCCCAGACUGCUUCUAGCGGAGCCCAAAGUACCCACCAGCAAGGAGCCAAGUACCCCGAUGUGGCCUCUCCCACUUUGCGCAGACUUUUUGGUGGAAAGCCUAGUAAACAAGUUCCCAUCACAACAGCGGAAAAUAUGAAAAAUUCAGUUGUCAUCUCCAAUCCUCACGCCACUAUGAACCAACAGGGCAACCUGGAUUCACCCUCCGGCAGCGGGGUGCUGAGCAGCGGGGGAAGCAGCCCCCUGUACAGCAAAAACACGGACAUGAACCCGUCUCCGCUGGCUUCCAGCCCCAGCUCGGCGCAUUCGGCUCCUUCCAACAGCCUGACGUGGGGCACCAACGCGAGCAGCUCGUCUGCCGUCAGCAAGGACGGCCUCGGGUACCAGUCGGUGAGCAGCCUCCACACCAGCUGCGAGUCCAUCGACAUCUCGCUGAGCAGCGGAGGUGGGCCGAGCCAUACCUCCUCCACCAGCCUCAUCCCGCCUUCCAGAGAUGAUUCCUUGGCCCCCUUUGUCCGAACCAACAGUGUUAAGACUACCCUGUCUGAAAGCCCUCUUUCUUCCCCUGCGGCUAGUCCCAAGUUCUGCAGAAAUACUUUGCCCAGGAGACAGGACAGCGACCCACACCUUGAUAGGAAUACUUUGCCCAGGAAGGGACUCAGGUAUGCUCCUUCCUCCCAACUUCGGAAUCAGGACGAUGCAAAGGAAUGGCUACGGUCGCACUCGGCAGGAGGCCUUCAGGAUACUGCUGGCAACUCUCCAUUUUCAUCUGGCUCCAGCAUAACGUCACCCUCUGGAACCAGGUUUAACUUCUCCCAGCUUGCAAGCCCAACGACAGCCGCCCAGAUGAGCUUGUCCAACCCCACCAUGCUGCGGACCCACAGCCUUUCCAACGCCGACGGUCCCUACGACCCCUACGGUGACACCCGCUUCAGGAACAGCUCCAUGUCCCUGGAUGAGAAAAGCAGGACAAUGAGCCGCUCCGGCUCCUUCCGGGAUGGCUUUGAAGAAGUGCAUGGCUCCUCUCUCUCUCUGGUGUCCAGCACAUCUUCAAUUUAUUCCACACCUGAAGAGAAGUGCCAGUCGGAGAUUCGCAAGCUACGAAGAGAGUUGGAUGCAUCCCAAGAAAAAGUGUCUGCUCUGACAACUCAGUUGACCGCCAAUGCUCACCUGGUGGCAGCCUUUGAGCAGAGCCUGGGCAACAUGACCAUCCGGCUGCAGAGCCUGACCAUGACAGCUGAGCAAAAGGAUUCAGAACUGAAUGAGUUAAGGAAGACUAUCGAACUCCUGAAGAAGCAAAAUGCUGCUGCCCAGGCUGCCAUUAAUGGAGUCAUCAACACCCCUGAGCUCAACUGCAAAGGUCCUGGAGCUGCCCAGCCAGCAGACCUGCGGAUCCGAAGGCAGCACUCCUCGGACAGCGUCUCCAGUAUCAACAGCGCUACCAGCCACUCCAGUGUGGGCAGCAACAUAGAAAGUGAUUCAAAGAAAAAGAAGAGGAAGAACUGGUUACGCAGCUCCUUCAAGCAAGCUUUUGGUAAAAAAAAAUCUCCCAAGUCAGCAUCUUCUCAUUCAGAUAUUGAGGAGAUGACCGAUUCUUCAUUACCUUCAUCACCAAAGCUACCACACCAUAACUCGACUGUUUCAACACCAUUGCUGAGAGCUUCUCAUUCCAAUUCUCUUAUUUCUGAAUGCACUGACAGCGAAGCUGAAACGGUCAUGCAGCUACGCAAUGAGCUGAGAGACAAAGAGAUGAAGUUGACUGAUAUUCGCCUGGAAGCCCUUAGCUCUGCCCAUCAGCUCGACCAGCUUCGGGAGGCCAUGAACAGGAUGCAGAGUGAGAUUGAAAAAUUGAAAGCAGAAAACGAUCGGCUGAAAUCUGAAAACCACGGCAGCUGUAGCAGGGCUCAGUCUCAGGUUUCCAUUUCGUCCUCCCCGAGACAUUCAGUGGGGCUCUCUCAACACAGCUUGAACCUCACGGAGUCAACCAGUCUCGACAUGCUGCUGGAUGACCCCGGCGAUGGCUCUGCUCGGAAGGAAGGAGGCAGGCAUGUUAGAAUAGUUGUCAGCUUUCAGGAUGAAAUGAAAUGGAAGGAGGAUGCCAGGCCCCGCACGUUCCUCAUCGGCUGCAUCGGCGUCAGCGGCAAGACCAAGUGGGAUGUCCUGGACGGCGUGGUCAGGCGCCUGUUUAAGGAGUAUAUCAUUCAUGUGGAUCCAGUGAGUCAGCUGGGGCUGAACUCGGACAGUGUUCUGGGCUACAGCAUUGGAGAAAUCAAGCGCACAAACAGCGCAGAGACGCCUGAACUGCUGCCCUGCGGCUACCUGGUUGGAGAAAACAACACCAUUUCAGUUGCUGUCAAAGGUAUCUGUGAGAACAGCCUGGACUGCCUGGUGUUUGAAUCGCUGAUUCCCAAGCCGAUCCUGCAGCGCUAUGUGUCUCUCCUGAUGGAACACAGACGGAUUAUCUUGUCUGGCCCUAGUGGCACUGGUAAAACAUACCUGGCAAAUCGCCUCUCCGAGUAUAUGGUCCUCAGAGAGGGCAGGGAGCUGGCCGAUGGAAUUAUUGCAACCUUCAACGUGGACCAUAAAUCCAGUAAGGAACUCCGCCAAUACCUGUCCAACCUAGCAGACCAGUGCAAUAGUGAAAAUAAUGCUGUCGAUAUGCCUCUCGUCAUCAUUUUGGAUAACUUGCAUCAUGUUAGCUCCUUGGGAGAAAUCUUCAAUGGUCUUCUAAACUGCAAGUACCACAAAUGUCCAUAUAUUAUUGGCACUAUGAACCAAGCCACCUCUUCAACACCUAAUCUUCAACUUCACCAUAAUUUCAGAUGGGUGCUAUGUGCUAACCACACUGAGCCAGUCAAGGGCUUUCUUGGUCGUUUCCUGAGAAGAAAACUCAUUGAAACAGAAAUUAGUGGCAGGAUGAGAAAUGCAGAGCUGGUUAAAAUCAUUGAUUGGAUUCCCAAGGUCUGGCAACACCUGAACAAGUUCUUGGAGGCUCACAGCUCCUCUGAUGUUACUAUCGGUCCGCGACUCUUCCUCUCGUGUCCAAUAGAUGUGGAUGGUUCUAGAGUUUGGUUUACCGACUUGUGGAACUACUCCAUCAUCCCAUAUCUCCUGGAGGCAGUUAGAGAAGGACUACAGCUGUAUGGGAGGAGAGCUCCCUGGGAGGAUCCUGCCAAAUGGGUGAUGGACACUUAUCCCUGGGCAGCCACCCCACAGCAUCAUGAGUGGCCUCCUCUGCUACAACUCCGGCCUGAAGAUGUGGGGUUUGAUGGCUACUCUGUGUCGAGGGAAGGCUCUACCAGCAAACAAGUUCCAGUGAGUGAUGCUGAAGGAGAUCCUUUGAUGAACAUGCUGAUGAGACUGCAAGAAGCAGCCAACUACUCAAGUCCCCAGAGUUACGACAGUGACUCCAACAGCAACAGCCAUCAUGAUGACAUCCUCGAUUCGUCUCUGGAGUCCACGUUGUGAUCUUCAUCAGAGAGAAAGAAAUCAUUUCCAUUAUUGCUGUCCUGCUGUCUUGCAAGAAGCAUGAUGACUAACUCGUGAAAAGAACAUGUUCCUGGGCUAGGCUGGGCUGGUACCUCAGUAUUAGAGCUGCAAGAACAAGACACUUUGAGUCAGUCUUGAACCUGGGUGCAGGCAACCCAAACAACCUUUGUAUGUUUUUUCUUUUUACAAUAAGAACUGCACUAUUCCUUUGGGGUUUGUUUGUUUUCUGUUUAGUUGCUGUAAGCUCUCAUGCCUAAGAUACUGAAGACAGUAAAAAUAUCCAUCAUUUCAAAAGAAAGAAAGAAAAAAAAAAAAGUAAAAGGAGGGGGGGAACUUCACAGCUAUGAAGCAAACACCUUUGUGCCAUGUACUGUUCAGAAAAAGAGGGGAGAGAAAGUUUUUGCCUAUGCUGCUUCUGACCAAACACAUUUAGGUGAGGACUGGACUUUUACCGAUCAGCUUUGCAGAUGAAACUCAGCUUUGUAUAGUUCUGGUGCUAUCACAAUAUUUACUUGCCUUGGUAAAGAUAUUCCAUGAGAGGCAAAGCUUCAAAAGAGGGAAGUUUGAAAAAAUAU